AUGGUCGAUAGAUUCGACUCCUACUUCCCCGGCCGCAUCAUCGGCCAACAACAAGAUGACGAUGGAUCCACGGUAUAUGUGUCCACCGACAACGGCUGGACCAACGACGAGAGAAGCGUCACCGGUAACCCCAGCCCGCCGAGGCUCGCUGGUCCAGCCACUCAUUUGAAUUCUCCCAACCUCAUCGACUUUGAUUCGUCUGAUUACGGGGAUAUUCCUCCCAGUGAUAACAUCACGGAGAAGAUCACUAAUUCCAUGAAUCAAAACUCUGACCGACCUGGAACCGACAAUGCCGUCAAGGGGGCCCAAUCACUUAAUCUCGGUUCUUAUUCCCAGACUCUCAGCGAAGGCAAUCUAGAUCGUGCAUCGGCAGAGUCCACUUCCACCGGCUCGUAA